AUUGGCGGGGAGACACUUCGGGACAGCCUGGAGGAUUUGAUUCAAUGUGGAGAGGGAUCCCACAAUGCUCAGCGCGUGCAACUCCAGGAUGGCGGCUGGUGAAAGUGCCCUAUCCCGGCAGCGGAUCGAGAUGGCGGAGGGCGGGCAGCGGGAGGAAGCCGGAGCCCGCGAGGAGGAGGAGGAUAGCGGGCUGCUGGAUGUCAGUUCGCCGCGCUUUGACCCGUACCUGGCCCUGUACAGUCGCCGCCAGCCUCCGUUGCCUUUCCCCAAUGUCCGCACCUUCAACAACAUGGCCGAGUACCAGAGCUUCCUGAGCGGCCGGCGGGACCGGGAGGCCGCCGAGCGGACAGCCACCAACCGCAAGGGCCGAGGCCGCCGUGCCGCCUCCGCUCGGCCUCCCCCAGACCCCGACAGGAUCGAGCGCCUCAAGAAGUUGAUGGUGGCUGAACCGAGCGGCGAAGAGAGGCCAAGGCCCCGCAGGAGGGACCGGGCCCCGAAAAAUGUACUGACCAGGAUGGCGCUUCAUGAAGGCAGCCCUUUGGGUGAAUUGUAUCGCUGCGUUCAGGACAGGAUAAAGAUCAAUGUCCACAUUCGGACUUUCAAAGGACUGCGGGGCAUCUGCUCAGGAUUCUUAGUGACAUUUGACAAGUUCUGGAACAUGGUAAUGAAUGCUGCACUUGUUGAUGUGGAUGAAACCUUCAGGAAACCCAUCCUUGGAAAAGCGUUUUACAAUGAACCGACAUUAACCGUUAGCAGGCUUUUUGACCGGCUUAAGCUCCAAGAAGGAUCCGCAGAUGAGGAAUCAGGUGCCACAACUACGAAACAAAAACGCUGUUUAUCCAAGAGAUUUGAGGGCGCUAAAGGUGGACUGGAUGACAGCUGUGUGUUUAAAGCAGAACCCAUGGAGUUAACCCCUGAGACCUUAAAGUUGUCUGCACGGAGUGAAGCGGUAGACCCUGAUCAAUCAAAGAGAAAUGCUCAGCAAAUGAGUUUGGGGCUCAGGACCCUGACAGGGGAGAAACAGAAAAAGAAAGCCCGACCCAGGGUGGAUUAUCAGCAGGUUUCUCAAAGACAUGUGAAACAACUCUUCAUACGGGGAGAGAAUAUCUUACUGAUCAGCUUAAUGCAGUGAUGAAGACAGAGUGAGUGAUGGACCAUCUGCCGACCACUCCCAGUACCUCAGCCCAUUGGGCCUUUGUGGAGUAUUUAACCAACAAAGUAUAGGGCAGGCCAGAGGCAGUAAACAUAUCAUUUGCUUUGCACAAACCUUCAACUGCUUGGAAAUCUGCUUGUUUAGAGAGAAUAAAGUGAAAUCUCUGAAUUGAUGGUGUGUUUGAACAGAAUUUCUA